UUUUUUUUUUGGUUUUAUAGGCAUUUCGAUUUAUGAUAAGAUAACGUUUAGGAGGAAGAGAACUUUUUUUUGUGUGUGUUUGUGUGAAUCAAAACGCUCAGUUUAGGUUAAAGAUCCAUGUGGAAAUGACUUCUAAUUUAGCCGGCAACGAUGAUGAUCACAUAUUGGAUCAGCUUAGAAACUCAAUUAAGGCAAUUGUGGCCAAAACGGGGUCACAUAGUCAAUUUGCCAAGGAUCUGACACAAAGAAUUGGUGAAAUGCAAAACAAAUUGGAUGCCCUCACCGAAAUGGAUCGUCAUCAGUUUAUAGCCGAAAUGAAGGAUAGUCUGCAGGCGACAAUUGGACGGAUUGAGCAGAGAAUAACACAACAUGCGAAUCUAACAUCAGUCUAUUCGAGUUCCAUUGUCUCAGCUAUGAUAUUUCUUUUGGUUGCCAUUUUCGCUCUCUUUGGCUAUAAGCUAUAUAAAUCGCUAACAGAGAAGGAACUGAAGAAACAAAAGAAACUGGAGAGUAAACAACAAAAGAAGUCCAAGAAAUCCAAUUAAAAAUUAAGGACAAAUCUUCGAGAGAGACAAAGAUUAAAUUAAAUUGAUGAUAGAUUUCAAUCACACGUGCAUAUAAAGAGAAAAUUCCCUGUAAAAAUAAUGACAAAAUUCUAUACCCAGUAAACGUUAUACAAAAACUUAA